CAAUGGUACUGAUUCAUUGAGAGAAGAUCAUACUCCAGAUUACUGCAACGAAUUGGAUGAUGAAGAAGCUGAAUCUUACAACGAAGUUCUUGGAAGUGAUGAUGAUGAACAAGAGGACCCCAGGGAUUAUUGCAAGGAUGGUUACCAUCCGGUUAAGAUAGGACAGGUAUACAAUUCCAGAUACCAUGUUGUUCGAAAACUAGGAUGGGGUCAUUUUUCUACUGUUUGGCUAUGCUGGGAUCUUCAAGCCAAGAGAUUUGUUGCGAUGAAAAUUGUCAAAAGUGCAUUACACUACACAGAAACUGCCUUAGAUGAGAUCAGACUCCUAACAUGUGUUCGCGACUCUGAUCCUUCCGAUCCAUUCAGGCAGAGGACUGUCCAACUACUAGACGAUUUCAGAGUCUCAGGCCUUAACGACGUUUGCAUGAUUUUUGAAAUCCUUGGACAUAACCUUUUGAAGCUGAUUAUUCGUUCCAGCUAUCGCGGGAUUCCCCUAGAAAACGUCCGCUCAAUUAUCAAGCAGACUCUCCAGGGUCUGCACUAUUUGCAUACAAAAUGUCAAAUAAUUCAUACUGAUAUAAAGCCAGAAAAUGUUUUGGUUUGCGUUUCUGAUGCCUAUGUCCGACGCCUUGCUGCCGAAGCCAUUGACGCUCAGCGUAGAGGCAUUCAAUUAUCGGGUUCUGCCGUGAGUACCGCACCCAAAGACAAACCCGUUGAUCUCGGCAAGAUAAGUAAAAGCUGUAAGAAGAGGAUGCGCAAAAAGCAGCGUAAGCAGCAAGCUCUUCUAGAGCAAGAGUUGAAUGAACUAGAAGAAUUAGAAUGUCAGGACCUGGAACGACAAAAACAGGAGACUCGACUUGUGUCCAUUAUUCGUGACUCCUCUGUUAAAACCGAUUUUGAAAUUGGCUCGAAUAGUUCUGAUAAAAAACUUUCAAAUAUCAAUAUGAAUGAAACACCUCAUGUUGGGAUUGAAGAUGGCGAAAUCGAAGAUGAGGGUGAUACAGAGGUAAACGAAGAGUCUCAGACUGGAUGUUCGACGCAUAUUGACGAACCACGUUCACCGAAGCUUGAGUUUUCUGCCAGUAGACGACGUAAAAAACGUAGAACAAAAAAGAAAAAAGCAAUCAUUGAUGAUUCACUCUCAAAAACGCUUCAAUAUAAAGUUAAUGGUAGUUCCAUUGCUUCAUGGAGUAAAGGUUAG